UUUUGACAAUCAACAACCAAAUUAUCGUCAUCGCACGUGUAUAUUAUUUGUAGCCUGUGACUGUGAGUGAUUUAUACUUGUAUAUAGGACUUGGCUACAUAAAUAUAAUAACGAUUUGUUACAUUCAUCUAAAUAUAACACAGAUGCAUGUUGCUUAAAGUCUGUGCAUCGUCAAUAUUGAAACACAGUGCUACAGUUGUAAACUUACGACAGUUUUGUAGUAAAAGCGCUAAAAUGUCUUUAGAAGAAGCUAAACAAUUUGCCGCUCACCGGGCUGUUAAUGAGUACGUAACAAAUGAUUGUAUAUUCGGCGUCGGCAGUGGAUCAACUGUUGUAUACGCGGUUCAAAGGCUCGCUGAAAGAGUGGAAACGGAAAAUUUGAAGGUGACCUGCAUCCCUACAUCAUUUCAAGCAAAACAGCUGAUCGUUAAGCAUAACCUAACAUUGGGCGAGCUCGAUACGAAUCCUACGAUAGACGUGACAAUCGAUGGAGCCGACGAGGUGGAUGCUCACAUGACGCUCAUCAAGGGUGGUGGCGGUUGUUUACUACAAGAAAAAAUUGUUGCCUCUUGCUCCAAGAAGCUUAUUGUUAUAGCUGACUACACAAAAGAUUCUAAAAAGCUAGGAGACAGAUACAAAAAAGGUAUACCAAUAGAAGUUGUCCCCAUGGCUUAUGUACCAAUUCAGAAUAAGAUUGCUGCUCUUUAUGGAGGGGAAGUGAAGUUACGCAAAGCUGUUGCCAAGGCUGGCCCUGUAGUGACUGACAAUGGUAACUUCAUUCUCGACUGGGUGUUCACAAACCAAGACUUGGAUUGGGACAAAGUAAAUAAGUAUAUAAAAAUGAUUCCUGGUGUUGUAGAGACUGGUUUAUUUGUAAACAUGUGUGAGAAGGCAUACUUUGGACAGCCUGAAGGCAAUGUAAUAGAGAGAGUUGCUGUAUAAUUUAGCUGAUAGUUCCAAUCAUGAACUCUGCUAUUGUGUUAUGUAUUUUUGGUGUUCUUGUUUUAAGGAUCAAUUUAUCAAUGUUAAGAGAACUUAAGUAUAUUCCUAAAAUAAUGCAAGCUAUACAUUGAUGUAAUUAAGAGUUGAAAAGUACUAGCUAAGCGAAAAUAUUUUUGUAUGAUUUUCUGUGUACUUAGUACAUAUAAAAAAAGCUAUGAGUUACAUAA